UAUAUAUUCAUGUACAUUGUACUAUUUCAUUUCCGGCUCCUAAUUCCUAUAGACUUCGACGUAUGACGUCACGACCACACUACGGAACGCCGCUGGUGACUAAGCUCAGAAAGCGCGGACUGAGUGAAAAGGCGAUUAUUUCAGUGGCUUUGUGAAAUGGUUAGUUAAAGCCGAAGAAAUGGACUUUUCAAAAAGAAAGCUACGAUCGAGGAAGGAGACGAACAAGGAGCGGCUUGGGAUUAAGGACGAACGAGCUCACCCCGAUUGCACGGACGCUGCAGAUAAUAGUAAAAAUGAAGGAACUCUUAGUCGGUGUGAAACACUCCUCCCCUCUGUAGCCUCUUAUGAGGAGGAUAACGGCCGUGUAUGUCGUGAGUGUGGUUUUGUGGCGAAAACUCCAACUGCUCUGAAAAUCCACUGCAGGAGGAAACACAGUAGCUUGCAUUCUCAAGCAAUGGGUACGGCAGGUGCGGAGGAAACACGCACAGCUGAAAAUGUUGCAAUGGAAAUGCCUUGUACAGAUCAACCAAAAUCUAUAGUGCCCCCUACAGAUCAGCUCAGCACUGAUGCACCUCCUGUAGAGCAGUUCAACGGUGUACACCAGAUCAGCUCUGAUGACCCCCCUGUAGACCAGAUCAGCCCUGAUGACCCCCCUAUAGACCAGAUCAGCUCUGAUGACCCCCCUGUACACCAGAUCAGCUCUGAUGACCCCCCUGUAGACCAGAUCAGCUCUGAUGACCCCCCUGUACACCAGAUCAGCUCUGAUGACCCCCCUGUAGACCAGAUCAGCUCUGAUGACCCCCCUAUAGCCCAGAUCAGCUCUGAUGACCCCCCUAUAGCCCAGAUCAGCUCUGAUGACCCCCCUAUAGCCCAGAUCAGCUCUGAUGACCCCCCUAUAGCCCAGAUCAGCUCUGAUGACCCCCCUAUAGACCAGAUCAGCUCUGAUGACCCCCCUAUAGCCCAGAUCAGCUCUGAUGACCCCUCUAUAGCCCAGAUCAGCUCUGAUGACCCCACUAUAGCCCAGCUUUGCUCUGGUGCGCAGCGUUUUGAGCGUCUCUACUGCAGGUGCUGCGGUCUUUACACCUGCACAGCACAGGAGAUGAACGCACACCUGAACGAUGAAUCCCACCGAAACUUGGCACUGGAGAAAAACAUUGGCCCAAUGUUUGAGCAGUGCGUUGAAAAAGUGCUGGUCAUUCUAUCAGACGAACAAAAGCACACAGACGAGCAGAGCGAACAAGGCGACGGCGUCGGUGAGGACGUUCAAGAGACCGAAUCGGCUCAACACACUUUAGAAGAGUUAAUGGAGACAAACGUUUCUCACAAACGGAAACGUGGAAGACCGAAGUCAUCUCAGGUAAUGAGCUGCAGUCACUGCGGCCUCGUGGCCUCUAAUCCAACAAACCUCAGCGUGCACAUCCGCCGCAAACACAGCCGCACGUACAGCUUCCACUGCAAACUGUGCAACUACUCCUGCGUGACCAAAGGAGACAUGGAUCGGCAUUGCGAAACCAAAAAACACAUUAAACGAAUGCAGAGCGACAGCGAUGGACAAGAGGCAGUUAUCAUGCUAAAUGCUGAGCAGGUGGCUCAGCACGGCGAGGCAGGGCCAGCUGAGAAAACACACAACGCAGCGAAUGCUACACAGCAAGAAACACCAAAUGUAGAGGAGGAAGGCGAGGCAGAGGGAACCGGAAGUGACGUUCCCUGUAAAAAGCCCAAGUACGACUCGGUUUACUCGUGCGAUCACUGUUACUUCGUUGCGCAUUCUGCACUUUCGCUGGCCCUGCACGUGCGUCGCAAACACACCCGGGAUUUCGAGUUUGUGUGCUUGGCAUGCAGUUAUUACGCAGUGACACGUAGAGAAAUGUCGCGACACACUGCGACAGAGAAACACAAACUCAAACGGCAGAGAUACCUACAGAAACAGUACGACACACACCAACACGACAAGAACGCAGAUGAACACAACGGCAACACGAGCCAACUUGCCGACGACGUCGACCAACGAUCAGACAGCGCAGACAAAAACAAAGACAACGCACAACAAAAUACCGACGACUUGUCUGAGAACCUGCAGCCAGACACCAAAACCUCGCACCAGAACACUGACCCAGAACCAGAUUCAGGUGGUCCAGAAAAAGACAAAGCACCAGAAAAAGUAAGUGCAGAAGAAGAAGAGCUGAACUCGAACCCACUGGAUCUGAAAUCCAGUGAAGAUACAAAAGACUCGUUAGAGUUCCCUAAUCCAGCAAACACAGAGAUGGGUGAGGAGGAAUACAACAAUGGGGAUGGUAAUGAUGAUGAUGACGACGACGAUGACGAUGACGAUGAUAAUGAUGAGGAUGAUGAAGAAGAGGAGGACAUGUGUGAGACAACUGCUGAUAGUCAGUGUAGCGAGAGGCGUGUUUUCAGGGCAACCGCGUUUGACGAGUGCGUGUUCUCCUUGAAAGUGCCGACAGACGGACCGUGCGACAAAGAUGACGGAGAGUCUUAUAAAUCUCUCUAUGAGGCAGCAAAAAUGUUAAAAAUGUCAGAAGGCCAUGAAGUGAGCACACGCGUCCGGUGCGACGACUGCGGGUUCUUGGCGGAGGGUCUCAGCGGCCUGAACGUCCACAUCACGAUGAAACACUCGUCGAAGGAGAAGAACUUUCACUGCUUGCUGUGUGGGAAGUCCUUCCACUCUGACAGCAGCCUGCAGCAGCACCUAAGCAGCUCGGCACACCUACGGACGGAGCGCGGCAGUGUGGACGAGCGGCCCGACGGAGGCUCCGCCUUCAGGUGCGUGCGCUGUAACGAGCCCUGCAAUUCGGAGCAAGAACUUUUCGUACACAUCAAAGAGAAACACGAGGAGCUGUUACGCGAGGUAAAUAAGUACGUCAUAGAAGACACGGAGCAGAUCAACCGUGAAAGGGAGGAGAACCCUGGAAACGUGUGCAAAUACUGUGCCAAGGUUUGCAAGAGCAGCAACUCCAUGGCCUUCCUCGCUCAUGUCCGCACACACACAGGUUCAAAGCCAUUCAUGUGUAAGAUCUGUAAUUUUGCAACGGCGCAACUUGGAGACGCUAGGAAUCACGUCAAGAGACAUCUCGGCAUGAGGGAGUACAAAUGCCACCUCUGUGGGUGGGCUUUUGUGAUGAAGAAACAUCUUAACACACACCUGUUGGGAAAGCAUGGGCUAGGCCAGCCAAAGGAGAGGAAGUAUGAUUGUGAAUUGUGUGAGCGGAGUUUUAGUGAGAAGUGGGCGCUUAAUAACCACAUGAAGCUUCACACCGGAGACAAACCCUUUAAGUGCCAUUGGCCAUCUUGCCACUAUGCCUUUCUCACACACUCAGCCAUGAAGGACCACUACAGGACACACACAGGCGAAAAGUCAUUUCUGUGUGAUCUUUGUGGAUUUGCUGGUGGAACCCGACACGCUCUGACUAAACACCGGCGCCAACACACAGGUGAGCGCCCGUUCCGUUGCGAUCUCUGCAGCUUUGCCUCGACCACUCAGUCUCAUUUGACCAGACACAAACGUGUUCACACUGGAGAGAAACCAUACCGCUGCCCCUGGUGUGACUACAGGUCAAACUGCGCAGAGAAUAUCCGGAAACACAUCCUGCACACGGGGAAACACGAGGGCGUGAUGAUGUACAACUGCCCUCGCUGUGAUUUCGCCACCAAUUCACCCUCCGAGUUCCGAAACCACCUUAAAGACAAACACCGGGACAUUGAGAACCCUGACCUCGCUUACCUUCAUGCAGGAAUAGUGUCGAAGUCAUUCGAGUGUCGGCUGAAAGGGCAGGGGUCGUCGUACGUGGAGACCGACUCCCCGUUCACACCAGAGGACGGCCGUUUAGGAGCCGAAACGCUGCAGCAGGUCAUCAUCAUCCAGGGAUACGGAGAGGAGGCGGAGUUACAGGGCACAGAGAUGGAAGAGGCGGAGCUGGAGGAAUCGGCAGCCGCUACACUGCAGACGCUGGCGAUGUCCUCCGUCAAUGCCGAGCUGCUGCAGGUUACGCAGGACGGAUGCAUUAUUCCCUACGCACACAAGAACUACGUACUGGUUGAGUCGUCGGGCUCGGGGGAGGAGCAAACAUUGCAGAAGGCGGAGCAAACAUCGCACGAAACCAUUCAGGAUGGGACGAGCCCGUCGACGGCUUUAGAUGCUCUGCUGUGUGCGGUGUCAGAGAUCGACCAGCAGGACGGCGCCGAUGAACAGGAAGUACAAACCACCGAUGAACAACAAGCGCACGUCCAGGAGGAGGAGGAGGGACAUGAGGCGGUGCAAGUUUACGGGGAGGUUGUACAGGUGCUGGGCCACGCCCAUGAGGAAGUCCUACAGUUUGCAGCCAGCCAGCUGAUGAUGAGAGAAGGGCUAACACAAGUGAUCGUAAACGACGAGGGAACGCAUUAUAUCGUGACCGAGGUGGCCGACAGCACCGUAUUUACGGAGAGUAUGGGGGCGGAGUCUGGACAAGAGAUAGGAUUUGUAGAUGCUGCAGGAAACCAGCCCAGUGAAGCUAUAGUCACAUAUGAACCAGUCAGCCUUAAACAAGAAACUCAGGAAUGAUUGUGGCAGAGCUGAAGUAUUUAGCUCCACCCCUUAUAGAGUAGGAUAUUUCUGGCUCCUCCUAAUUUUUUUAUAUAACUCAAAGUAUAGCUACUGAACCUGCUGUUGUGUCAUGUACAGGAUGUCUUUAUUAUUAUUAUUAUUAAUUUUUAUUAUUAAAAUUAAUAUCAGUUUGAAAGCUUUACAGAACUCAGUGGGAGGAGCCAAGCUCUGUGAUACCAAGUGAGUGAACCAAGGGGGUGGAGCCAGAUGCCAGUGCACCGAGGAGGCGGGGCUAAAAGACAUACAAUAAACUAUAGAUUUGAGUUGGCAUCGCAUUUACGUACAAUCAGUUAUGUAAACGGUCGAGUUCAAAUCGUUAGAAUAACAAUCGACUCACACAACACACACACACACACACACACAAACA